AUGACCGAUCUCACAUCAGACCUCAGCCAACUAGUGCUAUCAAAACAUGGCUCCUCAAUUCCAUCUCCAAAAGCCCAACGUCUACCCACCGAAACCCCCGACGAAUUCCUAAAGGAGGCUUACCGAAUCAAUACCCAUAUUACCUCUCUCCUCCAAUAUCUCCAAUCAAUCCGUCAUGCCUAUCUUACAACAACAACCCCCUCUCAACGUCGUAACCAACAACAAUCACCAACAAAACCCCCACCUCAAUCCCACCUCACAGAUCCCGAACGCGACGCAAUAGAUAAAUCAACAGCCCUCCUCCUCCGCGACCUAGCAGCCAGUAUCUCAAAUCUCUCAUCCGCCGAAUCCCUACGCCAAGAAACCGAAGCCUCAGUUCUCCGCAAACGAUACGGCCACAGCGCCGCAGGCGCCCUUUUAUUCCGCUGGGCGGGCGGCGCAAGCGUCGCGGACGAGGCGAACGACGCCGGGAAAUCAAGCGAGCAGAUUGAAGCCGAGGAACGGGCGAAGGGGAUCCGGGGCGUGCGCGAAGGGAUAUUAUGGUUUUUAAGACGAGGACUCGAGGGAGCGGCGAGUGUGCAACGUGGGAUGGUUGAGAAGAGGAUUGAGCGAGUGCGUGAAAAGGAGAAGAGUGUUUUGUAUAAGAAUGCUCGGAUGGGGUCUUCCAUGAAACCAACACCAACGACAUCUGGAGUUGAAAGCUCGGAGAAAUAUGGAACGAAUGGAGUGGGGAUGACUUCUUCUUCGUUGUCUGCGCCUGAUGCGGUGCAUUUGAGUGAGGCCGAUACGGCGCAUAUUGAGGCGCAACUUUCUCCGGAGCAGUUGCAGCUUUUUGCGGAGGAGAAUGCUACUAUGUUGAGACAUUAUGAGGAUACUUUGGGCAAGGUUCAGUAUGUAUUCAUUGUGCUUUUUUUUGGUGCUGAGCUGACUAGGUUUAGGAAUGCGGAGAAGUCUCUUAUUGAGAUUUCGUCGUUGCAGAAUACGCUUGUCUCGCAUCUUGCGACGCAGGAGGAGUAUAUUUCUCAAUUGGUUAGUGAUGCGGAUGCUACUACUACCAAUGUUGGACGUGGAAAUAAGGAGCUUAAGAGGGCCACUGAGCGGAGGAGUACUGCGCAGGCUGUUUUCUGGGGGACAGUCGGUUUGUGUACAUGGUUGGUUGUAUGGGAUUUAGUAUUUUAA